CAGGAAAGGAUGCGGAACCUUCCUGUCCUCUCUCAGAUUAAUUAGCUUUAUAAUAAUAAACGCAGCGGCAUAGUCAACACUUAACAGCUCUAUCCAUCUCUAUCCUCCAAUCUCUCCCUUGCUCUGUUUCAAUGUGCUCCGAUAUUAUAUCAUAUUUUUCUGCCUUCAUUGUAUCUUUCCCUUCCUCUGUUCCUCUGCAUCACCCCAGCCACCUCUUCCCUCCAUGGCCAUGGACGUCCAAUUGCACUCUUAUUAUGCUUUCUUCCUUCCCUGCUUAAUAUUUGCCUGCUUCUUCUUCUCAGCAGAAUCACACAGGCACGGCAAAGUUACUGCUUGCUCUGCGUGUAAUCAAACUUACAAUUGUGGAAAUAUUAGCAACAUCGCUUACCCUUUCUGGGGACAGAAUCGACUCCCUUGCUGUGGCGGCAGCAGUCAAUUCAAGCUCACUUGCCGACAUAAGACCACUUUCAUCACAGUAGGCCAACAGAAUUUCACGGUGGUUUCCAUUAACCCAGAGUUUUACACUAUGAAACUGGUCCAGACUGCUCUCUCAGUUGCCUGUCCUUGGCAUUUCACCAACACUUCCCUGGAUCCUUCUCUCUUCCGCUUCGACAACUUGACGAUUCAGAACCUGACCGUAUUCUACAAGUGCCCUUCUCAUGUUUCAAGCCCAAGCAACAUCACUUGCCAUCCUGGUGAAAAGGUUGCUUUUUUCGCCAAGCAAGACGAGGCGCAGAAACUGCAAAAAUUUUCCGGAUGCAAGGCUCGUAAUGAAAUUCUAGUUCAAGGUGAGAUUUCCGACGUUGAAGGCCAGGACGGGCUGAACAAAUCUUUAAGGAAUGGGUUCGUUGUUCAGUAUGUUGCCGACUGGGUUCGCUGCUCGGCAUGCAAUUCUUCGGGAGGAAUAUGUGGGACUUACGGCCAUGAUCCUCCUCGAUUUGCCUGUCAUUGCCGGAACGGAAUUCAUCCCUAUACCUGUCCAAGAGGAAGACAUUUGAACUGGAAAGGGAAACUCAUAGCAGGUGCUGCUGCUUCUUCGUUCAGCGUGGUAGUUAUGAGCAUCGUCUUUUAUUUCUAUCUGCGCCGAAAGAAGAAUCGUCAUGGCAAAUCAGACAAACAAUCUCAGAGUCGGACCAUAUCUUCCGAUUCCUCUUUAAAGGGCGCUGAGAAAGGAAGUAAAUACUUUGGAGUCCACCUCUUCACAUAUAGCGAACUUGAAGAGGCCACUAACAACUUUGAUUCAGCCAAUGAACUUGGAGAUGGGGGUUUUGGAACAGUUUAUUGUGGAAAACUAGGGGAUGGUCGUACAGUUGCAGUGAAGAGACUGUAUGAAAACAAUGACAGGAGAGUUGAGCAGUUCAUGAAUGAAGUGGAGAUCUUAACUCGUCUGCGCCACCAAAACCUCGUCCAACUUUAUGGCUGCACUUCUCGCCAUAGCCGUGAACUUCUGCUUGUGUAUGAAUACGUUCCUAAUGGAACUGUUGCCGAUCAUCUUCAUGGCGAAAGGGCAAAACCAGCAGACACACUUCCGUGGCAUACCAGAAUGAACAUAGCCAUAGAGACUGCAAGCGCAUUGGCAUAUCUUCACGCAUCUGACAUCAUCCAUCGUGAUAUAAAAACCACCAACAUCCUUCUCGACAGUCAUUUCGUUGUCAAAGUAGCAGAUUUUGGACUGUCUCGUCUCUUCCCGAAUGAUGUUACUCACAUUUCAACGGCGCCGCAGGGAACUCCUGGAUACGUGGAUCCGGAGUACCACCAAUGCUACCAGCUUACUGAUAAGAGUGAUGUGUAUAGCUUUGGAGUGGUGCUCAUUGAGUUGAUAUCAUCAAUGCCUGCUAUUGAUAUCACGAGGCAUAGGCAUGAGGUCAAUUUGGCAAUCAUGGCUGUUCACAAGAUUCAAAACGGGGAUUUGCAUGAGCUUGUGGACCCAGCUCUUGGGUUUGAAGCAGAUCCCAAGGUGAGGAAGAUGGUUAAUGGAGUGGCAGAGUUGGCUUUCCAGUGCUUGCAGAGUAUGAAAGAUACGAGGCCUUCCAUGGAAGAGGUGGUGGAGAGGUUGAAGGAAAUACAGAGUGAUGGGGUAGGCAAGACCAAAGAAGAGGCGGCGAUGGAUAUCUCAGCAGAUCAUGUCAUGUUGCUGAGGCAUGAAGCGCCUCCACUAUCACCUGAUUCAAAUAUGAGGAGCACAGGGACGACUCCAAAUGCCAGCGGAUAAGUUGAGCUUCCAAUGAAUCCCCGCCCGUAAAGUAAUCAAAGUCAUUGCAGAAAAAGCAUCAACAGACCGCGAGCUUCGACCCAUCAUCACUCCAAGAUUGAGAUGUACAUGGAAUGAUAAAGCGAAAGUGGUGCCUGCCAAUGCUCAUUUCGAAGCUAUGAAGUCCCGUCCUUAAAUUUUGUGGAAAACAUUGAUAUUGUAUAAACAAAUCUUAACGCAGUAUCUGUCGCGCUUUCUUGCUUUCGGAGUUUUUCUUUCCCCCGAGGUGGGGUGUUUUUGUAUAGGACGCCGAGCGGCCUUGUAUAGGUAUGGCAACAUUGGCGGAAGUGAUUAAAGCCAAAAGCGAAUGUGCUCAUAAAACCUGUAUAUUAAGAAGAACAUAAUCAUUAUUCAUA